AUGUCCGACUCGCAGAAUCUCAAGCACACGCAAUGUGCUCCAAUCACGGUCGAGUCCGGGUUAUUAUCCGGACUCCAUUUCCCAAACAACACAAGAGCUUUCCUCGGAAUUCCUUACGCAGCGCCUCCCUUAGGGGACCUGCGCUGGCGACCACCACAACGCCCCCUACCAUGGACGGGCGUGCGGUCAGCUGUUCGAUUCGGACCCUGCAGUAUUCAGUGGCCGCCGCCGGCCACGUCCUUGUACUUCGGCGGAGAAACCGAGUUUAGCGAGGACUGCCUGUACCUAAACGUCUACACCGGCCCUGAGGGCGCUGACAACAGGCCCGUUCUCGUCUGGUUCCAUUUUGGGGCCUUUCAGUUCGGGUCUGCCUCCAACCCAAUGUACGAUGGAACAAAGUUGGCAGCCGAAGGGAUCACGGUUGUCACUGUCAAUUACCGUCUGGGCCGAUUCGGAUUCCUGGCCCAUCCCCAGCUGAGCGCCGAAUCAGGUUACCAGGGGUCUGGCAAUUACGGAAUCAUGGACCAGAUCGCGGCGCUUGAGUGGGUGCAACGGAAUAUCAGGCAAUUCGGGGGAGAUCCGAGGAAUGUGACCAUAGGAGGAGCUUCGGCUGGUGGUGGCAGUGUCCACAUCCUUCGCUCUUCCCCUCUAUCCAAGCAGCUGUUUUCAAAAGCCAUCUGCGAGAGCGGGCCGGGGCUGGCACCGACGAUAGAUGGCCCUGGUCAUGUUGCGGCUUUCACGACUCUGGCUGCAGCAGAGGAGGCGGGAGCGGAGUUGCUAGAUCUACUUGGAGUCGCAUCCAUCGCUGAACUACGCACCCUGCCUGCCCAGAAACUUAUGGUGGCACACCUGCCUCGCACUCAAGGGCCUUGGAAGGCCGAUCUGUGGCCAGGUUCAACCAGUUUGAGUGUGUUCGACACAUCGAAUCCAGUCAUCGACGGCCACGUUCUUCCGGAAUCGCCCCUGACGGCAUUCUUAUCGGGAAAGGCAGCUGACGUGCCGAUGCUGGCGGGCAACGUCGGGAAUGAAGCAUCUGGGUUGCCGCAUCUCGAUACACUGGCAAAUUACCAUGCCUUUGUCAAUGAAACUUUCGGAGAACACGCGGAAGAAGUACUCCAUCUGUAUCCGGCGACUACAGACUCAGAAGUUCGGAAUGCAGCAUCGCAGCUCCUUGCCGAUCAAGUCUUUGUCUGGCCAACAUGGACUUCCGCACGACUGCAGGCCCAGAAGCUAAAGUCGUCCGUGUGGUACUACCGAUUUCUGCGUGCACCACCAAUUCCGCCCAACUCGGACGUUAUCGAGAAAAGGUUUGCCGGCUCCUUUCACGUGGCUGGUGUGCCAUACGCAUUUGGCAACCUUGACUCUUGGCAGUGGGACUGGACCGAGGCUGACAGGGGGCUUUCGAGGAAUAUGUUCGACGCUUGGGUACGAUUUAUGCGAACUGGGAGUCCGGAUGUUGGCCAGGCACAUGGUGAUACUUGGCCUUCCUUGAACCCCAAUUACAAUGUGAUUAUGAUCUGGGAUGUUGAGCAACGGUUGGAGGCGCCAGGAUCGCAUUUCAGUGAGGUGAUGAAGUUUUGGGACGGGUACUAUGGGGUCACGGAAUUUACUACAUAA